AUGUCUGAGCCCAGCUUUACCUCUGCGAACACCGUCGCUCCAGCGGCCACCGGGAACCUGGUCUACCCUCACUACGUUGUGUUUGGUGUUGGCUAUGGCGUUUCCACUCUCCUCGUUCUUUUGCGGCUUUACCACAGGAACCAUAAUGGAAAUCUCAAGCUAAGCGACAUGUUGGCGGCCUUCUCCUGGGUAAGUAAGAGAUAG